AUGGUCGCUAAGCUGUUGAAUCCAAUUGAAGAAGAAUUAAAGAUACGAACAAAUGCAACCGUCAAGUUAUUAGAUUUAAGAAAAAUUGUAUCAGAAAGACACGAGAUUGCUCAUCAUGAUCUUCGAACAAUUGCAGAUCAACGAGCACUUAUUGAUAAAUGUGAACAAACAAUAUAUCCAGAUGAUUAUCCAUACAAAAUUACAUUGAAGCAAAUGGUAGACUGUCUUAAAAGACUUGAUUCUGGUGAUCAAACACUAUUACGUCCAUUUUAUUGA